AUGACUACAUUCGAUAAUUCUACUUUGGAAGCCUUACAAAAUGAAGUUCAAUUUUACAGGGAAAAUCAAGCAAUAGUCGAGCAAGAGAUCAGAACAUUAAUAGCUGAUAAUCAUAAAUUAUCCCAACAAGUUGGUAAUCUUUUAAAAGAGAAACUACAACUCGCGCAGCAGGCUCACGACAGCGACCUGAGCCAGGAACUUGAGGAGUUAAAGAAACAAGUUUGUUUACUUACCAAGGAAAGAGAUUCGUUAAAUGUUCUAUGGCAAAGUUCACAGAAAACAGUUGAGGCGUUAGACAUAGAACUAAAAACGUACCAAAGUUAUGAUAACAGAAGAGGAAAUCAAAACAAUAACAUUGACAAUAGAGAUUUGGACCUAAAACUAAACACUGCUUUAGCUGAUUACGUUGAACUAGAAUCUAAAUAUAAAAAAGUACAUGCAGAACACAAUUCACUGCAAACUGAAUUAAAAAACAAAGAAAAAGAGAUAACAUCGCACAAAGAAAGAGAAAAAGAAUUAGAACAAGAGUUAACAGAAUUUAAAAAAUCUUUAGAAGAAUGUAAGAUAAAUCUAUCGGCAGAGAGAAAGAGUCACGAUGACAUAAAAUCUCAACUACUUUUAUGUCAGAAGCAAUGUGUUGAUCAAAUAAAAAAGGAAUCUGAAGCCAAAUCUAAGGUUUCAGAAGCGUUACAACUCUUCGAUUUAGUUUCAAUUCAAAAGAACGACGCACACAAAAAGAUCGCGAAUUUAACAGGCGAGUUGAAUUCUUUAAAACAAACAUUAUCAAAUAUACAACGUGAUACAGAAACACGGUAUCGAAAGGAAUUAGAUGAACUUAAAGAAAAAUACAAUGAAAAGGUUUCUGAUAUGCUAGAACAUAUAAAAAAUCUUGAUGCUGAAAUUGUAGAAAAAGGACUCUUAUUAAAUAAAACGUUAAGAGAAAACAAAAUACUGCAAGCAUCAAAUGAAAAUUAUUUGAAAAUUCAACAAAACAAAUUAAAUUCGGUUGACCCGAAACUAGCUCUUGCUGAGCAAAGACUUGAAGCUAUGUUUCAAGAAUUAGUGGCAUCAGAACGUCGCAACAUACAGCUUGUUUGUGAAAAACAAUCAUUAACUAUGGACAUACAAAGGAUACAAGAUACACAUACGAGAGAAAUCAAGCGCCGCGAUUGGGAAGAAAACCUUAUGAGGACGCGAAUUGAUGAACUGAAAUUGCAAGUAGAACAUCUACAGAAAUCACUCGAAGAAACACACGAAAUGGUCAAUAAGUUGCAGUCUAUGCUUUCUUCUCGAACAGAAUUGAAUCAAAAAAUGGUUUCAACAAAAGAAAAUGAGAUGAUGGAACUAAACAAGCAUUUAGAAAAUCAGAUGGAACUAAAUAAAAAGUGGAAGGAGUCUUACAUAGACAUGACGGAAAAACUAAAAAAUAAACUAGAAGCAUUAGAUAAAGAAAAUAAGAAACUUAGGAUUCAAUUAAAUUUACCGUAUAUAAACUCAUCUAAUCACGAGAGUAGCAGCAGUUUAUGAUUUUUAAACACAUUUCAAUACUAGUGCAAUAUUAAUUUAGUAAAAGAUUA